ACAAACAGUCAGAAAAAUAUCGUACGUGCGACGGUUUAUGUUCAACCGGGAGAAAAGAGGAGAAUGAGCUCGUGUAUACUUUCAUUUUUGAUUCAUCGAUUGCAGAACUUUGUCAAAUAAAUUUGUGAAAUAUUGAAAUACUGAGUGAUUACUCUCAUAGUGUUGGGUCAUGCGGACCACCUGUAGAGUAAUGUAAUGAAUAGCUGUGCGAACUGUAAUACCGGUACGAAGCUACGGGGAUCCAAGAGCUCGGAGCUUCGAGAGGAAUCAUCAAGCAGUACUGAUAAAACUGAGGAAGCGGAUAAAACGGAUAAAAAGGUAAAAAACGAAAUAACUGAGACAGAAUCGUCAAUCAACGAUUUUGGGGUACCAAAGGGAACUCUGGUGAUUUGCCAGAAGAACUCGGCGGGCAUUAGCGAACACAGUUUCAGCCGUAUAAAGCAAAGAAACAGUUGCGGCUCUAACCGUAAUGAAGUGCGUAUGGCUCGUGGAACUAACAGUAGUGAACGAGGUCGAGGGCGGGGUGGGAGAGCAUUUAAGAAGGGACAGGAUCGGGAUGGAAGUACAGAAAGCUACCACCCAACGACCCGACAAAAAUUUCAAGAAUCGCUGAAGAAUCAGGAUAAUUGUUCCAACAAAUAUUACGAUGACAAGAGACUAAACGAGGAAUCGAGAAUUACGAAACUCUUGAGGCGAAUGUGUCGAGAGGAUGACUACGACCAUUUUUUGCCCCUUGCGAAGCAGGUGCAGGAGGCUAUUGUAACGCCUGAAAACUAUCGAAUCAUCAAACGUAACUUGGAAGUAAUUUGUGAGACACUCUACAAUAUUGUACAUCGUGAAUUGGGGAGUGAAGUUAAAGAGCAGAUUUCUAAAUGUUUGACGCUGGUUGGAUACACCAUCUGUCCAGAUUUUAAGAGGUUCUUAGACUGGAUGUUUGGGAAGUACGUUGCUGAAAGAAAAGAUGAUAUUAAGUAUUUACUUAUGGAGUCCCUUGGCGACGUGCUCAAAAUGGAUAUUGAAACUCAGAAACUGAAGGAUUAUUCCAUGGCCAUAAUGUCACGUCUGCAAUCAACCCUGGAAAACGUAGACCGACCAGAUCUGCUGAUGGCGACAGUCGAUGCAAUUCUAAUUGUGACUGAUUUGUAUCCGGAGACUUUCUCAGAUCACUUUCGAGAUGCUGUUGACAUUCUCGUAGGUUGGCAUAUCGAUUUCACUCAACCCAAAUCAGUAGUUACCUACGCGAGUCGAAGCCUUCAACGUUUACAUAACUUUUGGAUUGCUGAUCUUCAAUUUACCUUGAUGCUGCUCAGUCAAUUUUUAGAGGAUAUGGAGAGUUACGAUGAGGAAUUAACAAUACCGAAUUCUGGAAGAAGUUCACCUGGUGAGGAGCCUGCACCUGGACCCAGAGAAUGCAUCUUACGAAUCACAUCACUGAUAUCAGUCUUCAAUACAGUCACGAAAAGUGUCUCCGACAGUUUAAAUCCAACGGUGACACCUACUGUACAAUGGUCCUUCCUCACUGAGUGUCUCUCUAAAAUGCUUCAAACUGUUGUCAAGGCAAUUGAGUUGGACGAAGAAACCUUGGAGAAAUUGGAGGCGAAGGAUCACGAGAAUGUUACAGUAGACAACAGCCAGGAUCCUAACGACAAUCCUGAUGCGAUAAAGCACUUAACAGACUCUAUAAAAGGUGUAACUCUCUCUCAAAAGAACAUCGACACUCUGGUGAAAAAAGUGAAUGAAGACGGUAUCAAUGAUCAAAAGCACUUCUUCAGAAUAAUAAAAUCAAUGAACUCCAGCAAAAGACGACAUGAUAAGAAAAACUCGAAGGUCAGUGGAGAUCGAGACCACGAGAUAGAAGAGGAGAAGAUGAGGACUCUUCUGAAAUUAUUAAAAUCUAUUGAACUGAAGAACAAGGAGAGGGGCAAAGUACCUCUGGACCUCUCCCAAGAGAAAGAAGAUCUAAUUGUAGCAGCCAACGAGUGCAUCUGUCACUUCCUCGGUCUCCUUCAAAGCCGUGUGACUAAAAAUCACGAAUUAUUGUAUAAAUUUCUUGAUAUACAGCUGGAAAAGAUUGAUAUAUUCUUGGAUGACACGAUUGUCUCCAUUCUGAACCUCAUCGCCAAGAUAAUAAAAGAAGUUUCAGCGAAUUUACCAUUGGAAUUGGUUCACAAGCUUCUUGGGGGUGAGUCUGUUCUCCUGAAGCUGCGAUUUCGUCAUUCAACAUCAAUUCAAAAUGCAAGUUUAGUGGUGUAUCACAGUUUUCUGGGGUUGAAGAACAUUCCCCUACUUCAGGAGGCUUACAGAUAUAUUCUGGGAGACUUGGAAAUUUCUUAUAAACUCAUUCUGCCUCACUUUGAAGGGUUGGUGUCCAAUAAUCCACUCACAGACGUACAAUACAACUCGAAGGACGCUGAAAUUAUAGUUCUCUUCCUCUUGAGAGCCCUCUCUGAGCUCGCCAAUGCCAGCAACUCUAUAAUCGGCAUGUGGGCACUAAAACCGAGUAUUCUAGAGCUACUCGCAGUAAAGAUGACUCCUCAAGACGCCAAUCUCACCAAAGACAGCCCCCUCCUGCAGAAUUGCAUUCUGUUCCUUCUGUAUGCUCAUUGUUCUCGCUAUAAUCACUUUGUCUCCAGUUCCAGUCUUAUCACUGGUCCCAACAGAUCCAUCGAUAUUUUUCCUGGAGCUGUGGAGGUCCCCACAGCUUCACCAACCAGUGGACACCUCUCCACAAUUCUCAAUCUCAUUUGUAAAUGCUUUGAAUUGAAAAAUAUUCCCGAGCAAACGAUAUUGUUACUGUGCAACUGGGUCCAGGAAAUUUUCACACAAGCCGAGACUUACUUGGGGAUCCUCAAGGACAAAGAUGAUUUCAAGAUGAUCGUUUCGAGUUUACUGACUCGUGGAGCCACGACUAGUUCCAAAGUUGCUGUGGCUAUUGGUAAUAAUCUCGAGAUCUUGAUGAACGAUAAAAAAGUCAAUUGGCCAGAGGCUAUGUAUUUAAAAGUGAUUGAUUUAUCAAUUCUCCAUUUAACGUCACUCGAUGGCCCCACAAGAAAGAAAUAUGGAGCUGUCUUGAUAAAUGUACCUAUCGACGUGGUAAUUCCAAGAAUGAAAAGACAGAAUCUGCUGCCAGAAACCAAGAAGCAUCGUACUAUUCAAAAUUACUCAAGGGAGUCUCUCACUGCUGCUCAAAAAUUCCACAUGAGAGAAAAUUUUGGAGGCUUAAUCGCUGUGGGCGACGAUUUCUGUCCCUCUCCGAAAAUGAAGGAUCAACAUUUCAAGGCUUACCUGGCGUAUCUACUUCAGAAUUAUGAUUUUAAUGAUAUGGGAUUAUUGGAGAUCUUUACAUUGGACUGGUCGAUAGCUUCGGGAACUGAAACACUGGCGAAAAUGUAUGAAUUUGGACAGGCGAAUAGUUCGUUUCUGUUUUCCUGGGGUGGAAUUGAGGCUGCUAAUCACUGCGUGUUGAAUAAACUGAGAACACCGCUUGGAAAACCUCAGGAGACGUUCACGAGUAUUGAAGGAGCUUUGAAGGCUCUUGCUAGAGAGAUCUCGUGCAAACCAGAUAACAUGAGGAAAGAUCGAAAAAGUCUUGAUCAUUCUCUUCAUGAGCACACUAGAGUCAGACUAUUCAUCGAAUUCCUAGAACAUUUAGAGAGGUUCAUUCACAAUGCUGCAGAGGGAUAUGCUCUGGCUCUCGUACCAUAUUCAAAAUCAAUUAAAACAUUCUUCCAUACUAAUAAAUCCACAUGCAAAGAGUGGCUCAUUCGAAUUCGCCUGGCACUCUGUGCUGUUUCUCUUCACGCGGGUCUGGCCACUAACGCACUGAGAAAUGGCCAGAGAUUGUUGGAAGAUUUGGUUGAUGUUAAAGUCACCAACAGGGCUGAAUUUGAGAGAGUUACGUUAUGCACUGCACAAGCACUAGUUAUGUUAGGGGAAACCGAAGCACUUCAAGGUCUUUAUCUUUACACGAAGGAGAGGGAGAGGAAGUUUCCAUGGCUGAAGGCAGCUAUGGAAGAAGCAGCUGGACGUUACGAAAAUGCAGCUGAGAGUUACAGAGCAAUUUUAAAAGACUAUUCCUGUUUCAAAGUGCAAGACUCAGAAGCGGAAAGUUCUGAAGAGACGAAUAACGAUGGGGAUAUUCAUAUUGCUGCUUUUGCUAUGCAGCGCUUGACUCGUUGUUAUUUUGCUGUUGGAGAUUGGACACAGCUGGAGGCCUGGAAGAUGCGGGAGUCUGAAAUUCUCAAAAGGGACAGCAAUCACAAUCUCAAAAAGCAGAUGUUGGGGAAUGUUGUUAUUCAGCAGGCAAAAUGCUUGAACGAUUUCAAUUCUGGGAAAAUUAGCAAAAUUGAGGAAUUAUCUGAUUGGUCUCUACUGGAUGAGAAAGCCAGUAUCAAUUGGAGUUGCUCUAGAAUGAUGCAAGAAUGCUCUAACACUCUGUUCAACGUGGCUAUGAGACUUCGUUCUGGGGAUGAGAACAAAGAGUUCUGUGCCGAAAAGGUUGAACUCUGCAAACGAGUUGCUAUGAAAACAAUCGAAGAGGGACUGAGGAAUAUGCCUUCGGAGUACUUGACUGAUUCGAUACUGGCACAAUACUCAGCUCAAGGUCUUGCUGAUCUCCUGGAAGGUAAGAGUGUCAACGGCUUCGACCUUUCAAAUUCGCAGGGAGUAAAAAAUCUGGGUUGCAAUGUGAUGGGACAGAUUCUAUGGUGGUCCGAUUAUUUUUCCACAAGCUCAACUGAUUCCACGAAUAACAUUGCAAGUCUGAGACUGGAUUUGAUCAAAACUGCCCGAAAAGAAGGCAACUUCAAACUUGCCAAACGAGAAAUAGUGAAAUACUUCUCCAAGGAACAUUUAUUAGAUCUUGAAUUGAACACUUCAGGAUCUCCAGGAGAUUCACUGUUCUCAGAUCUGACUGCUAGCAUUUUGGAUAGUCAAAUCUCAGUCAAAUGGACGCAGAACAACAUGAGAGUGUUCAAGGAAAUGGCAAAGUUAUUGUACAGUAUGGAGUCUGUUGAAGAGGCUGUAAAGGUCUGUAGUGUGACAGCACUAGGAAUUUCAAGGGCUAUUGUCGGUGGUGAUGAAACAGCAGACAAUUUGAGGGAAACUGGAACAAAGCUAAUGCUGACUCUAGGCAAAUGGAUUCAACAUCAAGAGAAGAACGUGACUGAGAACCCUCAGCUGAACGAAUUACUGAGAUUUGAGGCUUUCCAUAAUGAUGGAUUGAUAAACAAAUUGUUCGGUUCAACAACAGACUUAAUUCCCCAUCCAGACAUGGUAAUUGGGAAGUUGAUGCAGCUUGGAGUGAACCAGUGUCCAGAGUUGCCUGAGGUGUGGGCUGAGUUUGCUGCGUGGUGCUACAAGUGGGGGAAGAGAAUAAUGGAUGGUUCUCGGUCAGGAAAAUUGACUGAGACUGACGUCCAUAAAAUUUUAUUUUUACUGCCUUUCGACGCCCCCGCUGCUGAUUACGACGCGAUUUUCGCUAUUGUGUGCCAAGAUAAUAGUAAUCCUGAGGACGGGGGAAAUAUCGAAACAAAUGAUGUGAAAACUUCUGAUAUGAUUGAAAAUGAGCUUCGUCAGAUUCCCACAUUAGCUCACGCAACCAAUGAAGACUUGAAAUUAUUGGUGGACAUCUGGAAACAGCCGCAGAAGAGGAUUUACGCGUACUACGAACUCUCUGCAAAUGCAUAUUUCAAGUAUUUGGAGCUUGCGAAUGGAGAGUCGAAUGAUUGUGCUAGGAUAACAGCAACAUUAAGGCUUUUAAGGCUUUUUGCCAAGCACGGACAUGAGCUUCAGCAUGUCCUUGAAGCCGGAUUGUCAACUACUCCCACUGAGCCCUGGAAGGAGAUAAUUCCACAAUUGUUCUCGCGAUUAAGCCACCCCGAGUCGUACGUUAGAACCAGAGUCUCUGAACUUUUAUGCAGAAUCGCUGAGAAUAGUCCCCACUUGAUUACUUUCCCAGCUGUGGUUGGCGCAUCUUCCGAUCACAAGAAUGACUUUGAAGAUAUUUCCACGAGGUACGAAAAACCUGCGGAUUCUCCCAAUGAUUUUGAUUUCGGUGUGGAGGAGGUUGACCUUGCAAGUCAAUCAGGAAAUACUGAAGACGCCGAUGCUAACGACGAGGAGCAGAAAACUUUUAUGGACGCGUGUUUCGCUCAAUUGCAAGAGUGUCUCUCCAACAGCAUCCAGGACUCUGUCAAACAUGUAAAAAUCCUCGUGAAAGAACUGAGGAGAAUCACAUUACUGUGGGACGAACUCUGCGCAGUUAUUUUCUUUCGACACAGCUCGGAGAUCACAAAACGCUUCGACCAACUGCACCUCGAGAUCCAAAAGGUCCAGGAGAGCCUUUGGCUAACAAUCGAGGAGAAGGACAAACUUACAGCAGAAAAGCACAGGAUAAUUCUGGAGCCAAUAGUGUUCAUCCUUGAAAAUUUAUUAGCGAUUACAUCAGUGCCAGCGGAGACUCCCCACGAAAAACAAUUCCAGGAGAAAUUUGGUCCAGCUAUUGAGGAAGUCAUUAGGAGACUCAAGAAACCGAAGAAUCCUGAAACACUCCAGUUAGCAGCAGAUUCCCUCCAGCAACUCGCGAAAAAGGUUGCUCAGAGAGUGAACAGACGAGAUGCUUAUUCCCUAUCCAUGGCAGACAUCAGUCCUGUACUUGCCAGCAUGAAGGACACAAAGAUAGCAAUGCCAGGGGUGUUUGCAGUAGAUCGAAAUAAGAUCUUGACCAUUAGAUAUGUCGAUAACAAUGUUCAAAUCCUCCCUACGAAGACUAAACCCAAGAAACUGAGAUUCCACGGUUCUGAUGGAAACGUCUAUACGUAUCUUUUCAAGGGUACGGAGGAUCUCCACUUGGAUGAAAGAAUUAUGCAAUUCUUGAAUAUUUGCAAUAGGAUGAUGUCAAAAAAUAGCGACACAAGUAAAACAUAUAGAGCUCGUCAUUACUCAGUGAUUCCACUGGGUCCAAGAUCAGGAUUGAUUCAAUGGGUGGACGGUGUGACUCCUCUGUUUCUACUGUACAAACGUUGGCAGCAACGAGCGAAUGAAAUAGCUGGGACUAAAGGGCGAACAAAAACCUCAGCAGUGAUGAGGCCCUCAGAACUUUUUUACCAUAAACUAACUCCCCUUCUGCAGGAACGAGGAAUUCCUCUGGAGAACAGAAAAGAAUGGCCACUGCCUGUUUUAAAACAAGUUCUAUCUGAACUUAUGGCUGAGACUCCCAAAGACUUGCUAGCCAAUGAGAUAUGGUGUAACAGUGUUAAUGCUGGUAACUGGUGGCAAGUAACGAAGAGGUACACCUACUCAGUAGCAGUCAUGUCAAUUAUUGGAUAUAUCAUUGGACUUGGAGAUCGACAUCUUGACAAUGUUCUCAUUGACCUACAUACGGGAGAGAUUGUUCACAUUGAUUACAACGUGUGCUUCGAGAAGGGAAAAAUUCUGCGAGUACCUGAGAAGGUUCCAUUUAGAAUGACUCCCAAUAUCAGGACAGCUCUGGGAGUGACCGGAGUCGAGGGGAUCUUCAGAUCAGCUUGUGAACAUACUCUCAGAGUUAUGAAGAGAGGGAGAGAGCCACUGUUGACAUUGCUCGAGGCAUUUGUCUACGAUCCACUCGUGGGUUGGCGAGAUGGGGCUGACAAUCCGAUAGCUACUUACGGGGCUUGUCAGGCGAGGGCUAGGUGUACGGGAGUGGAGAGGAAACAGCUUGAAAAGGAACUCACUAAGGCGAUGUUUGCGGUGAGAACUGUUGAAAUGAAGAGGGAGUGGCUUAGUAACAAGGAAUUCAUGCUGAAAAAUCUUUCAGCCCUGUCUAAACAACUUGACGAGUGGCUGAAGACCCAGGAAGCCAUUCGACAGAGUCAAGACUUAUUACAAGAUCGUCAUCAGCAGAUGGCACUGAUUAAGGAGGCUCAGGCUAUUGGAAGACGUCAUGACCUUUACUCAGUGGUAAAGAGAUACAAUACGGUGAAACGAACAAAGGAUGCUCACGAGAAAGCAAAGGCAUGUCUGCAGGAAAAGAUGGAGGAGUGUGAAAAACAGAUCAGCAUGCAUGCCAUGGCUCUGAGUGCCAUUAGAGGUCCACAACUUGCUAGAUGGUUGGCCGAACUUGAAACUUCAACUACAGCUUCUGAAGAUCACAUGGUCUUCGAUCUUGUGAAAGAGUUUCUCCAGAAUGCUGGACAAAAUCAAAUGAUUGUUCAGUGUGAACAGUGUGAGAAUGAGUUGACUCAAUUAGCUACUCAGGAGGCUGUACUUCUUCGCUCUUCUCUGGAUCUGUUGAGUCAAUACUCUACUAUUUGUAGUUUCUAUCCAAUGAGCACAAUGGGCCAGCAUCGAUGGGUAAUGUAUCACGCCUGGUUGAGCCACAUGUUGGCAGGAGCAACUACUGACAUUUGUCAGGACGUUUUGGCUCAAUUCGAAAAGACCUUUGAUCCUUUAUCCACCAAUGAAGCUAAGGUGCAGAGAAUCAUCGGCUGUUCAUUUCAAAUCCAAGGAAUUAUGAAUGAAAUGAAUGAAAAAUUCAAAAAAUAUUAUGAGAGAAUAGUGACGAACGAAGGACUUCCAGAUGCACAGACGAGGAUUGAGAAAACUUAUGCAGAUUCUAAACUCCAGAUAAAUAAUUUUCUUCGAGGAGAGAAUGGAGCUGAGAAAGCUCUAGAGUCUGUUAAUAUUACAGCUCUCUGUGCAUUGAAUAAACGCUACCUGAUAAUGGAGGGUGCUGCUAAAUGUGCUGGUGAAUGUUUAGCGGAUUUAACUUCGAGAGAGGGGGACUGGUUCCUGGAUGAAAUGCGUCUGAUGUCUUCCCUGAUUGUUGAACUUGUCAGCCUUCUACCAUUAAGUUCCCUAGAGGAUUUCUCUAUGUCGAGAUCUCUGGAGUGUCUCAAGAGUGCAGACGAAAUUUAUAAAGGACUUCAGGAGCUCAACUACAAUUUCCAAAUGAUCAUUCUACCAGAAGCACUCAAGACCAUCAUCACUGAGGAGCCAAGUGUGAUGCUAAUGGUAAACGAAGUGGAUGACAUAGUACUGUCAAGUGGUAUUUCCCCGGCUGAGAUACUAACUCAACUGGAGCUGCACUUGAGAUUCACAUUAAUGGAUAUGGAGAGUCCUCAUGUGUUGAUUCAGACCCUUGUUGCAAAUAUUCGACUUCGAUUUGAGGCUCUUUUGUCAAGACAACCAGAACAGCGAGAGGUGGAUCAGGAUACUGAGAGUCUGACCCCUGGACAAAUGUUAUUGAUGGGAUUUAAUGGGCUAUUCGAGAAGCUUCAGAUUGAAGCGAACGCGUUGAUAUCAACCCUGGGCUCCCUGGAUGUCCCCACCUGCUGGAAGAAGAUUGAUCAGAUCAGAGAGGCCAAGGAAAUAGCUGCUCCCAUAUUCCACGAAGGGGCUAGACGAGUGCUAGACGAUAUUUUCUUGAUAAAAAGAUUGCAAACAAUUCGAGAGUUUUUCACAAUGUGCAGGGAGAUUGGUAACGCCUUCAAAGGAAAUGAUGGGUCUAUGAACAUCUACGACGACGAGAGACUCAAUAAACCAGUUAAAUCAUUUACUGCUGACUACGUGUCCCGGCAGUUGCUGGGAGUGACAUCCCAGACAUUGGCAAUAUUGCUCUGCUUCCUGCUAGAACGAGCGGGUUUAAAUGUUACUGAGGAGAUUGAGCAGAGAGACAUUGGAGCGGAGAGUAAAGUAUCUUUGCAGGAACUCUGUAGGAAGAAUAUCGAUAUUUGCCUAAAGUCCGGGAUUUUUACAAGUUCUAUCCUAGGACAGGCGAGCGCCUUCUGUAAUACCUUCAAGAGCGUUUGGAGACACAAACAAUCAGCGAAAGUUGCUCAACAAAGUGUAGAGGUCACUAGAGCCUCUCUUCAAAGACUUCAGAUUGAAUUUACUGCUCAUCAGUGGUUGCAUGAGGACUGUUUCCUUACCAGGCCUAAUAUAACGACAUUGAAUCCACUCAAUCGAUCGAAUUUCAUGCUAGAACUUCAGAAGACUGCCACUACACUAACAAGUUUGCAGUCAAGACUGUGUGAGGCACGAGAGCAACAGCAGAAUCUAGUGGCUUGUGUCGAUCAACGUUUGAAAUGGGCUGCUGGUGCCAAUCCAGCCUUGGCUGAGGUGAUGGCGGCCUUUGGGAAUGCUGUACUGUCUUCCAAUGAUAGAUUAAGUCAUCAGAGGAGCCUCGCUAUCAGUGUUGCUAAUACUUGCAAUUCCAUUCUUCAUUACGAGGCAUUGAGAACGAAAACCUCUGAAAGCAUAACGACUGAUGCUCAUUUUGUGAAGCUCAUUCAGCAGUGGGAGGCGAGUUGUUUGUUGGAGACAAAUUUGUCGGUUAGUGUUUCGACAAUUGAGGAAAGUCUUGUUGAAUUGCUGCAGCUAGAGAAUAAUAUUGAUGUUAACGGGUUAAUGAGAGCAGAGAAAUUAAUAUCAGAUGCCAUUGUGGAGAAUGAGAAUUUUCGGCAGAAGAAUCAAAUGUUUCAUAACAUGGAGCGGAUGCGCAUGAAAGAGGAGCUGGAGAAACUGCAGCAAACGCUGACAGAACAUCAUCGCCUUAUGACGGAUGUCAGGGGCUUACUGAAAACUAUAGUGGAGCAGGAAAAUAUUCCGGGACUUCAAGAGUAUCUCGCUGAGUAUAAGGCCUUCAUGGACAGCAUUUCCGCUGUUGUGAAGGAACUUGAACCGCACAAUGUGGAGCAGUUGAGAAUUAUUGAGGCAAAGGUGGUGAUUGAUUCAUUGACGACUAAGGUGUCGAGACUUUAUGAUGAGCUCCUUGAGUUUGCUAAUCCAUCAACGAGUGCUGGAGCUAGACCGGUGAAGGAGGGCCUUCCGGCGAAGAAGAGGGCCAAACUUGUGAGACAAGAUACGAGCGUGUGUCUCAGCCCGAGGAAGGGAAUUCCAAUGGCCAGACAUCCUACCACAGGCAAAGCCGUGCAAGAGAAAAAUAUAUACGGACUAAACGUCUGCUACCGAGUGAGAAUGAAGCUAGAGGGACGCGAUCCAAUUGCAACACGGAAGUACACACCGGCUGAGCAAGUGGAAUACGUGAUCCGUGAGGCGCAGAGCUCUGACAACUUGGCACUGCUGUACGAGGGUUGGACUCCGUGGGUGUGAACGUCGCGGAUGCCGGCGCUACCGCGUCGUAUGGUUUGACUCGUUUAUCCAACUCAAAAUCACAUUGGUACCAACUAAUUUUGUACCAAACAACGUAAAACAAAAAUGAAAAAAAAAAAACAA